AUGACGGAAUACAAAAAACUGACGCUGCUGGUAACACAGCUUCGUGAAGAGAUUACACAAUUGAUUCAGGCCUUUAAAAGUGAUGAUGACAAGGAUGCUGUCACACUACAUGAACGUUCAGCUUCUAUUGAGUCAUUGAUCAUAAAUGGACGACCUAGACUAGUUAAAAUCCUACAUAAAGCUUUGGAAACGGAUCCUGAUCGCCAAAUCUACAAUGAAAAAAUGUGUGAAGCAAUAAAAAAAUUAUUUGAUGAAUUCUCUGAGUGUGUUGAUACUCUUUUUGAAGCAUCUAUGAAAGAUGAGAUCUUAUCUUUAGAAAGUAAGCUGAACUUCGAGGAGUGUCCAUCGAUUUUGUGGGCACAAGAAAAAUAUGACCAACACAUGCUACACAUGGCACAGACAGAGGAAUGGAAAAAACGUCUCGCAACCAAUAUUGCAGACUUGGUGAUAUUUGAAGGACAGACUCGUGCUGUUCUUUCAGCAGAGGAGAAGCAAGUACGUGUUGGAUUAUUAGAAGCUAAGAAAACAGAGAAAGAAAAAAUCCUGAAAAUAUUAAAAGAUAGAGAAGAAGCAAAAUGGAAAGCUGAACUAGAACGACGUACAGAGGAACACAAACGUUUGGUAAAAGCAGUAAGUGUUUAUAAUGAUCAGAAUAUUGAUAAAAUACUUCUGAGUGUUCCGGAAUCUUUACGAAAACUUCUAGCUUCACAUAUUUUAGAACUACUGCAAGCUCUUCGAACAACACCAGAGGAUACUAAUAUUCGCCGUAUUAGGUGCAAUAAUGUGAGAGUGAUGAUGGAUUACGGACACAUUAGUUUUUGCAAUAAAUGUCAUUUAUGCAGGGAUUUUCUUUCUUGUGCUGAGAUUCUGUGGUAUAUGAUGGGGUACCAAGUAGAGUAUUCAUCAUCACCUGCACAAUCUAUUUUAAGUAUAAUUGAGAGUAAUCCAUCUAUCCAAUUACCUUGCGGUCGUAAUGCGUCAGAGCAUGUUAUCACAGAAAUAGGCUUCGAGGAUUACUCUGAGCGUUUCUUUAUUCUUCACGAACCAAACCCAGUUGAAAAUGCAAACGAAUGGAUGACUUGGUAUGCAACAUUGGAGACAAUGACACAUGGCUUUGAGGCUUAUAUGAUGUGA